CCAGUAACCCGAGUUCAAAUCUCGGUGGGACCUUUCAUUUUUCUCUUUUUCCCUUCUCCAGAACAGCACAUCAUCUGUCUUUCAAUUUUUACAUAAAAUAAAUUAUUUUAUGGUAAAUUUGUUUCACAAUCCUCUGUUAGGGAUAAUAGUUGGGCGAACAUUGCAGAGAGAAGAAAAUCUUCCAAACAACUUUCGGGCAAUUGGUAUUUGUCUUAUAAUGGAAUCCAAAUUCUUUCGUUUUCUUAAGAUUGUUGGAGUUGGUUUCAAAGCCAGAGCUGAAGCAGAAGGUCGUCUCUUCUACCUUAAACUUGGUUAUAGCCACGAGGUCGAACUUACUGUACCUCCAGCAGUUCGCGUGUUCUGCUUCAAAAACAACGUAGUUUGCUGCACUGGGAUUGACAAGGAAAGGGUGCAUCAAUUUGCUGCUGCUGUCCGUAAUUGCAAGCCUCCUGAAGUUUACAAAGGCAAAGGCAUAAUGUACAUUGAUGAAGUUAUAAAGAAAAAAGAGGGAAAGAGAUCAAAAUAACUAUGGAUGAUGUUUGACCUUAAUAGUUACAAAUAGCAUGUCCCAGCUCAUUUCUUUCUUUCCUUUUUUCACCCCAGAUUAUGGUCACUUAUCUUUGUCUUUCAUAACAUGUCUUUCACAGCUCAUAAUGGCAUCUUUUGAUUUGAACUCGUAUAACUAUCGACUACUUCCUACAA